AUGGGUUCUUUUAUGGGAUUCGAUAUUGAUUUCACGAAAUUCCGUUGCAUCUUCAAUUUUCGACCUGUCUUUGUCGAUGAUAUCUUCACGGUCGAUGAACGUGAAGUAGAAGCUUUUGAUUUGCUCAAGGAACUCUGUGUGGACGCCAUUAAGUUCAGCAAAAAGAGGUUUGAGGUGGUGAAAGCUAUAAAAGCACACUAUUAUCUGUGUGUGGGGCUAAUGUUUUUCAUCAUCUUUGAGGCCAAGGAUCCUUCUGAUGGAGAUGACAAGCCGAAACUCUUUCAAGCUAAGUCUCGUUUCUUUUAUUCGUAUGGAACUUUCUUCCAGUACUGCAGGCCCACACCCGAGAAGAAAGGUAAACCCUUUGUCUACCUGCAAAUUGAGAUGAUGGGAGUUUAUGCACGUGGGUACGAGAGGCUAAGAACCGUUCCUUAUCUGAUGGUUCUAUAA